AUGCUGCUGAAGCCCAAGGAGGAGGCGGGCGACGGCCAGACAGACACUGACGUCCGAGGUCUACGCAAGAUUCGAGCUCAAAGCCCGUGGACAUGGCGGCCUCUUACAAUCAUUACGACUGCCCUCGCUCUCCUAUCGCUCUCUAUCAUCGUUCGCUCGUCCCUCCGGUUGCAAGUCGAUCCUCAGGGAUGCGUCAUGUCGAUGAUGGCCCCAACCUAUAUCAAGCUCUCCGGCUUUGAUACGGAACAUUCGCGCUUUGCAACCAAAUAUUCGCUGUACUUGUAUCGGGAAGAGGGGGUCGACGAAUACACAAGGGAUAACAUUGGGUUGCGAGGCGCUCCGGUGCUUUUCAUUCCGGGGAAUGCUGGGAGUUACAAGCAGGUUCGAUCCCUCUCGUCCGAGUCCUCCCGCCACUUCCACAACGUCUUGCGGCAUGACGCCGAGGCCAUCAAAGCCGGCGUACGGUCUUUCGACUUCUUCACCAUCAACUUCAACGAGGAUCUCUCUGCGUUCCACGGCCAGACGCUACUGGAUCAAGCCGAAUACGUCAAUGAAGCUAUUGCCUACAUCCUCUCCUUGUAUGUCGACAGCAACCGCCUCCGUCGCGACUCGCAAUUGCCGGACCCGAGCUCUGUUAUCCUCAUUGGGCAUUCGAUGGGUGGGAUUGUCGCACGCACUGUCCUUGCGACUCCAAAAUACCAGGCAAAUUCAGUCAAUACCAUUAUCACCAUGUCUACGCCUCAUGCACGACCACCGGUCUCCUUUGACGCAGACGUUGUGUCACUGUACCAACAAGUCAACGAGUACUGGCGAGAAGCCUACCUGCAGCGCUGGGCCAGCAAUAAUCCUUUAUGGCAUACAACCCUAAUAUCUAUCGCCGGAGGAGGUCGAGACACCACCGUGCCUUCCGACUACACGAAUAUUGCCUCUCUGGUUCCCGAAAGCCAUGGUUUCACGGUCUUCAGUUCCACCAUCCCCGGUGUCUGGACUUCGAUGGAUCAUCUCGCGAUUACUUGGGCGGAUCAAAUGCGAAAGGUCAUUAUUAGAUCUUUGUACGAUGUGGUUGAUGUUCGCCGAGCGGCACAGACCAAGCCACGAUCAGAGCGCAUGAAAGUCUUCCGGAAGUGGUUUUUGACGGGCCUAGAGAAUAAUGCACCAAAGAACAUGCGUGAUGCGCCACACGAAGUCCUUCUCACGCUUGGUGAUGGGACAAGGUCAGCCGUGGCCAAGGAGGACAACGUUACUAUGCGGCAAUUUGGGUUGAAUGACCAUAUGUCCGCAGUCUUGCUCCCGAUUCCCUCCGUGGACAAUACUACCUCGAAGUUCUUCUCACUCCUGACGGAUCAACAGAUGGAUGCCCAAGGUGGCUUUGACAAAAUGGAAGUAUUGUUCUGCAGCGCCUUUCCACUCGCUGGAGGGUUCACUUCAACGCCAUUGCCCAUUCAAUUCGAUCUCUCGCCUGGCGAUCCUAGCGCAACGAGACUUGCUUGUAAGAGACCAGCCGGAGAUGGCAUCCGACUGCCUGCUUCGACAAGGCUGUCUCAAUUUCCGUUCGAGCAACAGCCGCCGUUCACCUUUUUGAACUACGAUUUGAGAGAUCUCCAAGACCACCAAUUUGCUGCGAUAAUCGACAAAUCUGCGGAAAGGAAUCAUGGCUGGGCGCAUGCAGAAAUUGUCUCUGCCUCAGACUCUGUGGUAGCGUCUGAUGUGAGCCUGCCGAUGCUCUUGCUUCGGGGGUUGAGUCUGGAACUCCCUUCUAGCCGUCCUUUAGUGACAGAAAUUCGGGUGCCAUCCAUUCGAUCGAGCCUACUGGCGUAUACGCUCCAAAUUCGCCAGCACGGAUGCAGGACCGACACAGAACUUUUCACGCCCUUGUUGAGGCAGCACAUCGACAGUCCGUACGAGUCGAAGUACUUUGUCAACUUUAAACAAGGAGAUGUCAACCUUCAUGGGGUCGCUCCAUUUAUGCCACCUACACUCGAUGGCCGGGAGUCGAAGGCAGGAGUGGCUUUCCAGAUCUGGUCCGAUCCGACCUGCAAUUCUUCCUUAGAGAUCCGCCUGCGGGCGGACCCUGUCGGAAGCCUCGGCAAGCUUGUGAUCAGAUACCGCACAGUCUUUGCAGUCUUUCCUCUCCUGGUCGUGGCAAUGGUCUUGCGGAAGCAAUUUCGAGUUUACGACAACUCCGGGAUCUUUAUCUCGUUCUCCGAAAGCCUCGACCAGAGUUUGAGGCUGCCACUCCCUGUGUUGAUGCUAUCAAUGACGUUCUUUGCUACUGCGUUUACCACAGCAAGCUCAGCAAAUAUCGUAUCGAGCAGUUAUACUCAAACCAACGGGACGGCAGUCGAUUUUACCCAGAACGACCUUCUUUUGGGUUCUCAGGACACAUUCUUCUGGUUUCUCGUCCCUCUAGCAGGCCUGCUUAGUGUCGGCGCCUGCGUUUUAGUCAACUACGCGGUCUUGGGACUACUUCACUUCAUUGUCAUCCUAUCAAAUUUCAUAUCACAACGCUACUUGAAAGCUGACGACGGUGAAAAGGGGAUGGCUUCUGCCUUCGUUGCAAGUACGCCCCGUCGUCGCGCGAUCAACACUGCCGUCCUCCUGUUCCUCGUUGCGACCAUCAUUCCUUAUCCAUUUGCCUACGUUGUGGCCUGCAUUGUACAACUUUUUACCUGCGCACGGGCGUUGCGCCACGCCAAAGAUUCAAGAUCUGGGCCGGCGCAUAAUUUCUUCAACUACACAUACUCGAUACUGAUUUUAAUGCUCUGGGUCCUGCCGAUUAAUGUUCCGGUCCUGGUUGUUUGGGUCCAUAAUUUGGCGGUGCACUGGCUGACACCGUUCUCCUCACAUCACAACGUGUUGUCAAUAAUGCCCUUUAUCCUUUUGGUGGAAACUCUGUCAAGUGGGAAGAUGGUGCCAUCUGUCCGGUCAUUCAGAUGGGCAACCAACCUGUUGUUUUUUGUCCUGGCUGUCUAUGCGGCGUUGUACGGCAUGACUUACGCGUACAGAUUACAUUACAUUGCGAACAUCAUUGCGUUGUGGCUCGUCUUGCUUCAUUUCUCAACCUACCAGAAACGGAUUCCUACCUAG